UGUACCCUGGUCUUAUCGUCCCUUCCUACAGAGCGCUCUCUCCAGCCAUGUCCUCCCGGGAACGUCGGACGGAAUUCUUCAUCAAAACCGAGCCGGCUUCACCCGACAGCCUGGUCCAACACAGCCCCAGUGGGUCUUCCGACACCAGCACCAGCGGGGCUCCUGCUGAACUCGAGACCGCUAGCACCUUACCAGCCGGCACGGGAGCUUCCCGCCGACGUCACGACGACGACCCCGAUGAAGCUCCCGGCCGGGGGAAAUACAUGCUGAACACGAUGCCCAAGCGGCUGUGCUUGGUCUGUGGGGACAUCGCCUCGGGCUACCACUACGGGGUGGCUUCCUGCGAAGCCUGCAAAGCAUUCUUCAAGCGAACGAUCCAAGGGAGCAUUGAGUACAGCUGUCCGGCCACCAAUGAGUGUGAAAUCACCAAACGUCGGCGGAAAGCCUGCCAGGCGUGCCGUUUCACCAAGUGCCUGCGCGUGGGCAUGCUGAAGGAAGGGGUUCGCCUUGAUCGGGUUCGUGGGGGUCGCCAGAAAUAUAAGCGCCGGCCAGAGAUGGAAGGUGCCCCCUAUCCCAGCACGUUUGUGACCCCACAGAUUGCCACAGCUACCGCCAAGAAGUCAGCGCCGAUGAACACAAUGGUGUCACACUUGUUGGUCGCCGAACCAGAGAAACUCUACGCCAUGCCUGAUCCGGCGCUUCCCGAGGGUCCGGCGAAAGCCGCGAGCACUUUGUGUGAUCUGGCCGACCGGGAAAUUGUGGUCAUCAUCGGCUGGGCCAAAAAUAUACCAGGGUUCCCAGCGUUGUCCUUGGCCGAUCAGAUGUCCGUCCUGCAGAGCGUCUGGCUGGAAGUUUUACUCCUUGGCGUCGCCUGGCGCUCGCUGCCUUGUGAAGAUGAGAUUGUGUUUGCGGAAGACUUUGCGCUCGACGAAGAGGCGGCCCGGAUGGCGGGACUGCUGGAGCUGAGCAGCGUGGUCCUCCAGCUGGUGCGGAAAUACCGGGCGCUACGUUUGGAGCGCGAGGAAUAUGUGCUGCUGAAGGCGUUGGCGCUUGCCAACUCAGACUCCGUUCAUAUCGAGGACAUGGCGGCCGUGCAACACCUCCGGGACGUCCUCCACGAGGCAUUGCUGGAGUACGAAGCCUCACGGCGCCCCGAGGAGCCGCGCCGCGCCGGCCGCCUUUUGCUGACCCUCCCGCUCCUGCGCCAAACCGCCACCCGGGUCCUGCACCAUUUCUACAGCCUGAAACUGGAAGGCAAAACCCCGAUGCACAAGCUCUUCUUGGAGAUGUUGGAAGCCAUGAUGGACUGAAGGCAGGAGAGGCUGAGAAUUGGGAGGGGGUCAGGAUUCAGGAGGGUGGGGGAGCCCAGGCAUCCAGGGUGGGGGUUGGGGAGUGGGUGCGAAGCGCGCAACCGAGACCAGCAGCCGCAGAGGCCUGGAUGCGGAUUCUUCCACCCUCUGAAUUCCCGCCCGCGGCUAUCGCGCUGCUAAGAUGCAUUUCACCAUAUGCAAACCUCGCGGUCGCCUCCACGCCUCCCAAGCUUCACGCACCGCGGAGAAACGCCAUCACUGCAACGCAGGCACCACGGCAAACCUCCCCGGAUUUGAUUUGACACCUGGAGGGGGGGGGCGGUUGGUGGAGACGGGGACAAAACAUUUGGGAAGCCAUACUUUUAAUUUUCCUUUAUUGAUGGGGAAGUCGGGGUGGGGUGCAGGGAAGGGGAUUAAACAAGGUUUCUCCUCUUUGGCAGCAGGAAGGGGAGGAGGGGUUGGACUUCAAUUCCCAGAAUCCCCCAGUCAGCUUGCUUUAAGAGAAGGGCGGAGAUUUUGACUCCCGGAUUUCCUCAGGCAACAUGGUUUUAAGAUGGGGGUCCCAGAAUCCCCCAGCCGGCAUGCUUUAAACUAGGUGGACGUCAACUCCCAGAAUCCCCCAGCAAGCACACUUUCAGCUGGGUGGACCACAACUCCCAGAAUCCAUGCAGGCGGAGGAACUCUGGGAGUUGUAGUCCAGCCUUCUAGCUGCCAAGGCUGAGAGAAGAGGAGGUUAGGUCCUGUAACGCCAGCAGUGUUGAGCCGUUAAGUGUUGUGAAACGAAGACGGGGCUCUUUAGCUUACAGGAUGGCGGGCGGGGGGGGAAUCGGAGCUGUCCCACCCCAGAUGAGAAUGAACCUCGUUUGGGUCGGGGAACCCCAGCCGAACGUCCCUGUGGGUUUGUUUUGGGUGGGGGGGUCUUUUCCUGCUGCCUAGGUUUCUUCCCUCCGGUGUCUCUUUGUUCCUAUGCUCGGGCUCUGCCCCGAUCCAAAGCACCUUAAGACAUUGUGGGAAGUUAUGGCUCCAGGAAUUCGGGGUUUAGACCAUGGGGAGGGGAAGAAGGGAAGGCCUGGGACAACCCCCCCCCCUCAUUUUGCCUUGGUGUGCAACCUCAGGGGAGGGAUACACCUCCGCCUUUCCCUGCCCCAUUCCUACCAUCUGCCUCCUUCUCUCCUUCCCCUCCCAGAUCAUCCCUUUGAAGCAAUAAUUUUGAAUAAUAAUAAUAAACGGGAUGCGGAAAGAGUUGGGGUCUCCGAGGUGGGGGGAAUCUGCCUCAUUCACAUGCAACCUGCCUUCAAACCCAGGAAAAAAUGGUGGGCUGUGGUGAAGAAGUAAGCCCCACUCCCUCCGAGACAGAAUAAUAAUAAUAAUAAAUAAAGGCCGGUCCUUUCGUUCUUGCAUCCUUCGCCGAAUUCCCACA